AUGAGCUAUCCGCCUUUCAUUCCGGAUCAACCGUCCUCAUCAACAACAGGAUUCAACGCGCCGCAGUUGAAUCGACCGAAGUAUUUUGUCUUUUUGGUUCUAUUCCAAAAUCUUCUUUCAGUACCGGCUUCAUUUCGUUCAACCCUUUCCCAGCCGGCUCAAGUAAGGACUUUUCUCGUUCAUUUAUUUUUAUUUAAUAGUUGUCGUUUCUUUAGAUGGAAGCUCACAAGAUUACUCAACGGACACUGACUCCGGGAAUCCUCAGAAAGUAGCGAAUUUUUCUUAUUAAAAAAAAGUGAUCAAGUUUUCAGGUUAUGCGGGGUUUGACCAAGUACAUUGAAAGCUUUAAAUAUCCGUAUAUAAAUGAUGUAUCUGCAUAUGAAAAGCUGCAAAAAAUCGGUCAAGGCACAUUUGGGUUAGUAUCCUCCUUGGGAGUUUUCAAAAAGAUUGAUCAUUUUUUCAGAGAAGUUUUUAAAGCGCGGUGUAAACGAACUAAUAGGAUAGUGGCUUUAAAGAAAAUAUUGAUGGAGAAUGAGAAAGAAGGAGUGAGUUAUACAGUGAACGAACUCUUUCAUCACCUUUUUUUUAGUUCCCUAUCACCGCGUUGAGAGAAGUGAAAAUGCUACAGCAGCUAAAACACCCAAAUGUUACUGAUCUCAUAGAAGUUUGCAGCUCUAGAUGUGGGUUCUCCCUUUUUAUUUUCCUAUCUUUUCUAUUUGUCUGUUCAGCUUCUCAGAACAAGAAGGAUCACUCGACGUUUUAUCUAGUUUUUGCCUUUUGUGAUCAUGAUUUGGCCGGUCUUCUUGGCUCGAACAAAGUCAAAUUCGAGCCCGUUCACAUUAAAACUAUGAUGAAGGUUUCUUUCCUCAUUCGCCUUUUUCUAUAUGGGAUGUUUUUCAGCACCUUCUGAGCGGUUUAGACAAAUUGCACCGGAUGAAAAUUUUACACAGAGAUAUGAAAGCCGCGAAUAUUUUAAUAUCACACGAAGGAGUUCUGAAAUUAGCUGACUUUGGGUUAGCACGACCUUUUAUCGUUAGUGAGUAAUUUCCAUAGGAAUUUCUAAUGAAUAUAAUUUGCAAUUGUUCAGGUUCUGGUCCUAAUCGUCAGUUGUACACGAACCGCGUCGUAACAUUGUGGUAUCGGCCUCCGGAACUGUUAUUAGGUACGGAAUACAGUUCUUUAACGUGAAAUUCAAGUAUCUCAAAGAUGUGUUUUCUCUGAAAAUUAAGAUUUCCCGUUCUCGAGUUCUAUAUUCGAAUCACUCAGUUUUCCAACUUCUUUUAUUGAAUUGUUCAUAUCAUAAUCGUGUGUCUCUUGUUUCACUCAAAAAAAUUAGGAGAUCGACAGUACACGACGACGAUCGACGUCUGGGGCGUCGGCUGCAUUAUGGCGGAGAUGUGGACGCGGACGCCAAUUAUGCCGGUAGAAACUGUCAAAAUUACACGGGUUGAGUUGGACGAUUCAGGGAGAAACUGAACAGAAACAGCUUCUUCUCAUCACGCAUCUUUGUGGAUCCAUCAAUAAGGAGGUUUGUUUAGGAAUCUUCAUGGAUAAGCCCAAAAUGUUUUUUUCGGGAUAUACACUGCUCCACAUAAUUAUUUAUCCACCUGAGAUUUUUCAAAAAAUCGAAUAUUUUGAGAGUUUCUGAAAAUCUUUUUGUUGUCAAAAGAUGGGAAUUUUGAGCAGAUUAAUAUAACUAUCAACAAAAUUCCUAUUGAAAAAUAAACGUGUUUAAGAAUUUCAAUUUUUCAAAAAAAAAAACCGAAUUUUCCGUUCCACAUAAUUAUAUAUCCACCAAGGACUUUAAACUUUUCGAACCACUUUUUCCGGUUUUUUGUAUCAGUUAUCAUUUUUUUUCAACAUUAUCGUUUGAAAAUAAGAAGAAUAAGAGCAAAAAGGUUUUCGAAAAAGUGGAGGAACCUUGGAUUUGAUCAGAAAACGGUCGCGGUGCUGUUCAUUACAUCAGCUACUCUUGAAUCGAUUAUGAUGUGAAUGUUUUUAUUUCAUAAGUACCUUUGUACUUGGGAGACCCAAUUUAGGUUCAAAAAACUUCGGUAAGGUAUUUCUUUGCAUUGAAAAGAGGCAGUUUUCCGAUAACAUUUACGAAUUUUUGCAGUUUUGCCAAAAAAUAGGAAGCCUAAAAUGUCUUCGGAUCAUUUCUGUAAACUUUUUCUGAGAUAAAACUGAGUAGCUGAUGUAAUGAACAGCACCGCGACCGUUUUCUGAUCAAAUCCAAGGCUCCUCCACUUUUUCGAAAAUUAUUUUGGAACGAUAAUGUUGAAAAAAAUUUUUUUAAAAAACAUUUAUUUUUUUCAAUAGGAACUUUGUUGAUAGUUAUAUUAAUCUGCUCAAAAUUCCCAUCUUUUGACAACAAAAAUAUUUUUAGAAACUCUCAAAAUAUUCGAUUUUUUGAAAAAUCCCAGGUGGAUAAAUAAUUAUGUGGAGCAGUGUAGUUUAUUUCGGUCAUACCUCGUUUAAUUUAUUUCCCGCUAUCUCGUUUUCCUUUCGAUGAAUUUAUUUAGUUCGUUUAAUUUUUCAUGCUAAACUUUAUUUUAUUUUUACAGCGUUUUGAAUGAAUAUUUCCUAAAUAAUGACUAAUCAUUGAGUGACCUUUGCAUUUUUUUGAAUUUAUUAAUGUGUACCUUCCAUAAAAAAAUUAUUUCAAUAAAAAGUACGUUGGUUAGACCGAAAAAGAAAGACAAAUUGUUCAAUUUUUUUGAAAUUUAUAUUUUGCGUGCCCUGGAGAGUUAGUAGGAUUUAGAUCUAUUUGAUUUUGAUUAAAAAUUAUAAUCGUUUUGAAAUUUCAAGGUUUGGCCAGAAGUUGACAAAUUGCCGAUGUUUUUCCGCAAUGGAACAGUCUCUACCGCAAGGCCGGAAGCGAAUGUUAAAUGAACGGUUAGGAAAAAUUCGUCAAGGUUCGUUUUUUUGAAGAAAUUUAAAAAAAGUUUAUUUCUUACCAUUUCUACCAUUCUUUCAUGCACGUUAGGAAAGGGAAGGUUAAAUAUACGAAAGAUGAAAAAAACUGUCUCGGAAUCUGAAUGCAGUCUGUGAUAAACGCGAAACUAGCUGUAUAUAAAAAAAUCGUAGAUAUGAUCUGUUUAAUGAAUGUAUCUAGGAGAUAAAUUAUUCCAUGAUCUUCAUCUUCCAGAUGUAUCAGAAACUAUAUUUCUUACAAAAAGAAAAAAUGCAGGGGGGCGAGGCGUUAUAUAGUGCCAAGAAAGAAGUAGUCGUAGAUUAUGAAAUGUUUUAAAGGAAAGGAGGAGUUUAGAGAGUAGAGUUAUGGUACACGGUAGAACAUUCUAGAGUCUUGAAGAUUUUCUCCUGGAAGGGAGAGAAGUUUGCAGAAGAACUCAAAAAGAUCUAUUAUGGUUUAGAAAGUUUUUUUGAACGAUGUGAAAUAUUCCAGAAGCUAAAGGUUACAUUGAUAUGGUAGGAGUUUUAUGACGUGAUAAAUGCGAGAACUGUGAAGAAGAUUCUGGAAUAAUAUAGAAAGACUUAUCUAGUUAUCAUGAAAUGCUAUGUAUAGAAAUGUUUAUGAUCGAGGAGAGUUUUAACGAAUCUUUGUACUUUAAAAGCGUUUCGAAUACUUUCAUGGAUCACUUUUGAUUUUGAGAAAAAGAUCUAUUUGAGGACGAAUUCGCUAUGCAAUUACUCGAUGAACUUCUCACAUUGGAUCCGUCAAAGCGGCUCACGGCGGAAAAAGCCAUUUAUCAUGAUUAUUUUUACAAAAACCCUCAGCCUCAAGAGAAUAUCGCCGACCUCAUGAAGACUAUCACGGUUCGUUUUUUCUUUUAUUUAAGAUUAAUUCUUUUCUUACAAUCUCGGUUUUCAGACGUCGCAGUUCGAGUACACGGCGGGACAAGGAGCGCACGCAAAUCGCAAGCCGCAGCAGCCGCGACCGCAUCCGCAACGCAAUCAGCAGCAGCAGAAUGUCCCUUCCGGACAGUACCGCGACAUGAUCUUUUAACCACACUUUUCUUUGUACGAUUGUUAGGUUCCUAAUCUUGCAUUAUCUCGAGCACAUCAUACAACACCCUCAUCAUCUGUAAUAAUUGUUGCAUUUUUAAUCAAUAAAUUUUAUGAAAUCUUAGUAUUCUUUCAUAAGAAAAUGACAGGCAAAGCCAUAUCACACCGACUUUUUUUUUCAGUCAUUCAGUCAAUUUUUAAUUUCUUUUUUCUUUCAAAAAUAAGUUGAUGUAGCGUUUCAAUUUUUUGUUCAUGUAGCUUUCAAAUUUCGCUCUAGCGGAGAGAUCUUAUAUCAUCGCUUCUAAAAGCCGGCAAAAGAGCUUGGGUAGCUGAUUAAAAGUUUAGUUCCUAAAACAAACAAAAAAGCUUGACAAAUUGAAGUUCAAUCGCCAUCAUUUCAAGUCGUAUGGCACUUACGAACGAGUUCUAACUCGAACCAUGUUGCGACGACUCAAAAUAAAAGUUUUUUCGAUUCAUCGGAAAAGUCGGAAAGGGUGAAAAAAGGCUCGAUAGAAAUGUACUCUUAGGGGACAAAAGUACUUUUUUGCUGCCUUUUCUGAGCCUUUUCCUUUUUUAGCGGCCAUUAUCCACCAUUCUGACUUUGCCCCAGUGUCUUGAUUCAACUUUGAAACAAAAGUCGAGGGUUGUCUUACUGGAAUCAGAAGAUCUAAGUCUAUACUUCACUUAAAUUUUAUCUGAAGUUUGUUCGUGCAAAACACUUUCCUUGUCAGAGGCCUGUCAUUUCCAAACUUGUUUUUGCUUGACGGGAGCUUUGUCAACGAAUUCUGUGAUGUUAGAUGUUUAGAACGUUUCGUCGCCGUGGGAAACCGACGGUUCCCUGUGUGCGAGGCGAUCUUACGACGUUUCAACGCUCUGAAAACCGAGAAAUCGACCUCCAGAAUCCUUAUCAGAUGUUAUCAGUGUUGUUUCGUUGCAAGAGCGCUCGAUUUCGUCGCUACUGGACCCCACGUGCCGCUCCAAAAACCUCUGAAUACACGUAGGCCAGUUUCUAUUUUCGAGUGGCUUUGUCUUUCUUCGGAGUUGAUUUUUGAUGAUGAUGACAAAAAUCGUUAGUAUUACAACUUCUCUUCCCCAAUGGGUAAAACUAACUAUCUUCGAUAUGAUCUUUGGCUUUUAUGGGCCAAUAAUGACUACGUCUGUGAUUUAUAGUCUUUUAACUAAGAAAAAACAUCGAACGAAUGACGGAUUAUUUGAGAAAUACUUGAAAAAGUAGUGAGAAUAUUCAACGAGUAUGAACGUGUUUUUGAACAAUCGGAAAAAGCUUCAUUUGAGAGAAAAAUUUCUACUGAAGUGAUGGUUAUUUAGAAAAAAAGAACUUGAAUCCCCCGAAGAUGAGAAGAUUUUCCUAUAAACUUAGAAAAUAUUGGUAAUGAAAAAAAUUUUUUUCAGAUAUAUUCUGAAAAAAAUUCUUUAUAAAAAUUUUAUUCUUUAUAAAAAAUUUUGGUCAGUCUAAGAAAUGUGGUUGUGAUUUUCUUUUCACGAAGUAGUUUUCCUGAAAACAACGUUUUCACCGAUUAUCUCACGAUAAUUUCACAGUGCGAGGAGAAUUUCGUCAUCAUGAUCUAUCCUCUCAUUGACAACAAAUAACGACGUCCUCAGACCGUCGAAAUCAUCUUUUAUUUUUAGAAGUGUGAAGUCAAUGGAGACUUCGGAAUCUAGAAUUUUCAAGCUUUAGUUUUUGAAACAGAGAAAAUUUAUAGAUAUUUUUUUUUUUGAAAAGAAGUUGGAUUGAGAUGGGGCAGAACCUUCUUUUAAUUCGAAAUUUCAUCUUUCUUCCGUCUUCUUUUACCUGGCAAUACUUUGAACAGGUAUUGUGAGCCGAUUAAAGUCGGGGAAGAAAAGAAGAUCGAUUAAAAAAAAAAGGCUUUAAAUCUGGUCUUGUUACUUUAUUAUCGCAAUUGCUUCAAAAAAUGAAAGGAGGCUAGAAGUAAAUUGAAUUUCAUUAGAAGAGGUUCGAAAGAUUUGAAAUGACGAAUCAAAUCAAUAAGUUCAAUCACAUGGGCCAGAACCACGGCUUUCCAUUUUCUUACAGAAUAUUGCACAGCUUUUUAUUUAACCUGUUAAAAAUUUGUUGAAUGAGUAUUCAAAAGUUCAAAAAUCUUUCCUGGACGUGUAGGACUCACAUAUCUUCACCCUCCCCCGUUGAAAAAAAGCUUACCCAAAGCUCGGCUUCAAUGCCUCUGAAGGAUCAGCAACUGUCUCUCAACAGAUAUUUUCAAAUUUUAUUAUCGAUUUCAAAAAAAGAUUGACAGGAGGAACGAGUUUUCUUUCAGACCACGUGGGAAUAUUACAUCAGAAUCUGAUCGGUCUGACCGAAACCACGCCCCUUUUGUGCCGACCACCGGCGCCGCCUCCGCAGUCCGUCAUUUCGGCACAUCAACUCUCCUAAACCUUCUACACCUCUCAGAAUGGUAAUUUCAGCUUUUUUUUCGAAGUUUGACAGCUCUUAUAGAUUUUAAGCCCUAGAAAGUACAAAAAAGCUUCUUAUCGAUUGUUUUCUUUAUGAUGGUUGAGCAGAGCUCUCUGACAGAAAUAAAUUAUCAAUUAUUGGUUUUCCCUUGGAAGAUGUAACAUCUUUUCAGCUGAAAGUUUCGAGAUUUGACGAAAAGUUUAAAAGGAAAUCUUUGUGAUAAUUGAACGUAAACUUCUUUUUUUAUGCUCCAUUUUUUUUGAUUUCCACAAAACAUAUCCUGAGAUUAUGUUCAAUAUUUUUGACUUAUGAAGCUUGCCAAUGUUCUAAAAAUUGUUCGUUAAAUUUUUCUUUUUACGUUCAUUUUGUUCUAGUAGUUUUUUGAAUAUUCUGACAUUGAAAGUUCAAAGAGUAUAUUUUUCUUUAUUAGGUUUUCCUGGCCUUUUUUGUUCUAGUUGUUGUCUAAUUUUACAUUUUCAGACGACUUUCGACAAAGGAGAAAAGCCGGAAAAGGGAACAUUCGUCGCUUUCGACCACAUCCGAUUCCUCGUCGGAAACGCGAAACAGGUAUCAACUUCGUUUGAAUUUCGAUUCUCCUCUCUUUGAAAAAUUCUUCAUAUUUCCUAUGUUGUUCAAAGAGUCACCGACUACUUUUAGUCUUGAGGCAAAGAGCCGUUUUUUGUUUCCAGUCGGAAGAAAUAAAUAAUAUUUCGUCGAUUUCAAAAAAGUAAAGACUUCUAAAAAACAGUGUCCUGAUUAAUCAUUAGGAACGACAAAAAUUCCACGUCCGACCAUCAAAUUGUCACUUUUUGGUUAUCAGCUCCUUAUCAGCACUGUUGUUUUGCCAAAGGAGUCGAUUGAUAUGUGGCGCGAUUCUUGGAAAAGUUGCCACGUGAUACAUUUUCUGAACUGAUGAAAAUUGAAUAUUCAAUUUCUAGUGAGGAAGUUUUUGUAAAGAGACUUGAUCAGACCAUUAUAGGUCAAUAAUGACGCAAAAAGUAGAGAUAAGAUCGGAAAUCAGGUCAAGUGACGUCAGUAGAUUUGAGGCAGGGUUGAGAACUGCCGAGGAGAGCCACGAUCUGGACUCUGGAAACUUUGGAGAUUGGAUACUUCACAGAAAGUGUUACAGGCAGCCUAUUGGUACUGUGCCAAUUACGGAUUCGAGCCGUACGCCUACAAAGGACUCGAAACUGGAAGCCGAAUCACUGCGCAGCACGCCGUUCGCCAAAACAAGGUCAUUUACAGGAACGAACUUUCUCCAAUUUCUAAAAUUCAUGAGUAGCUUGUUUUUCGUGAGAAAAGUAGCUCGAUUUAUAGAGAUAGCGACAUAUUGAAGUGUAAAAAAGAGGUUUUAUCGUUUUAUGUUGUUGUGUUUUUAUCUUUUUGCUCUGAGAUAACUGAUUCUUGUUAUUAAAUCUUAUCCAAAUUAUUUGAGAAUAAGAAAAAUUGAUAAACUGCAAGAUUCGCAGAGAGCUAGACUUUUUUUAAAAACUUCAAUCAAGUGUUGAUUUGAUGUUAGUUUGAUCAAAAAAGAAACGCUAGCUUUGAGGGAACAGAAAAACUUUCGGGAACCUCUCAUUCCAUGUAAAAAAAAAUAGGUUUGAACUACUUUUGAGUAUUUAGUUAACGGGGAAUUUUUAAAAAUUAGAGUCAAUUUUCAGGAGUUUAUGAGUAAUAAAUAGGCAAAAAAAAAACAAAAAGCAACAGAAAAAUCUAAGUUAAUCGUUUUAGUAACAACUAUACCAGUUUUUCCUUAAUCCAUGCAGUUCCAAAAAUAGAAAUAUAUAUGGUGUUAUACCGUAAAAGACAUACCAGUUCUUAUUGUCUGAUUUGAAGAAGCUAUUCAAGAUUGUGGAAAGAGUUGGAUCUUCUGCAACUCUAAAGAAAACUUUUUUCAGAUCAUCUUCGUGUUCGAGUCGGCUCUUUUGCCUGACAACAAGGAACUCGGCGAUCAUCUGGUGCGGCACGGCGACGGCGUCAAGGACGUCUGCUUUGAGGCAAGUUCAAUUUUCAUGAUGAAUUGACUCAUUUCUUCCGCAGGUCGAUGACUUAGACGCAAUCAUCGAUUACGCAAAAAAGGCUGGAGCCAAGCUCAUCCAGGACGUCACCGAAGAGAAGGACGAAAACGGCGUCGUCCGCUUCGCAACUCUCAGAACUGUUGGUUCUUGAUUUUUUUUUUUUCGAAACUCGAAUUAUCAAACUUUUUCAAAAAACGAUAACUCGAAAAAAAACCGAAAACAGACAAUUUCUUUCGUCUUUAUGUUUUCAAAGAGUUUCGAAAAUUAAAAGUCUAAUAUAGAGAUUUUGAUUUUGGGUAUAUUCUAGAACUACUUUUUUGAACUAUAAUGGCCUCAGGAAACAAAUUUUAAAUCUUCGAAGUUUUGAGAGAGACUCCUCGAAGCUCUUGAGAACCCUUUUUAAAUCUUUCAGAUCGAUUGGAGUUACUUUAAAGACUUCAUGCGUUUUUAGUGUUAUUUAGGGCAUUGCAAAAACUUCUGAAAUAUUUGAUUUGUGACGCAUUCAGUCUAACAAUUUGCUGGAAAGAUCGUAAAAACAAAAAAAAAAACAGAACGUAAAACCAAUAAGCGCGGUUUGAAAUAAAGCUCUAGCGGUGAGAGAAAAAAUGCGAUAAAAGAUACGCUCGCGCGCAAACCGCUCCGAGUCGGAGGCGCGUUGACAUGGGGUAGCCGCCAUUGGACGGCUCAUAAACUUACCUGGCUGGGAGGAUUUCGCGAUCACGAAGGCGGAAACUCCAUGGCGAGGCCUGACCAUUGCACUUCUGGUCGGGCUGACCGGUGUGGCAGUCUCGAGUUGAGAUUCGCCAACAGCUUAAUUUUUGCGUGUGGGGUUGCGUUCGCGCGACCCCUGGAAGCUUGGAACUAAUUCAGAAUCACAGAUGACGAUAUCAUACUCGUCCAAAGCUAAUUUUUUCUUGAUUUUUCAUUGAUUCAGAAAUAUCAAUAAUUUUUUUAUUACAGUAUGGCGAGACGAAUCACACUUUGAUCGAACGCAAAAACUACAAAGGCACUUUUUUGCCCGGUUUCAAGCCACACACUCUAUCGAAGGAAUUUUUCCAAUCUCUCCCCCGUGUGAGUUCAUUAUCAAUCCGUUAGACUACUCAUUGUUAACUUAUUUGAAUUUAGAUUGAUAAUCAACAUUUUUUUAGGUUGGUCUGAAUUUCAUCGACCACUGCGUUGGAAAUCAGCCGGAGAAUGAAAUGGAUUCUGCCGUCCAGUGGUACGAAAAGACGCUCCAGUUCCAUAGGUUCUCAUUAUCAUGAAAAUUAAUUAAUUGAGAAAGUUUCAGGUUUUGGUCGGUUGACGAUUCGAUGAUUCAUACCGAGUUUUCCGCCUUGAAAUCGAUUGUCGUCACAAACUAUGAAGAGACAAUCAAGGCAAUAAUGACUUGGAUUUUUCUAAAUAACUUUCUACGAUCUUAUAGAUGCCAAUCAACGAGCCAGCUUCGUCUGGAAAGAAAGCUGUUUCACAGAUUCAAGUGAGAUCUUUUUGGUUUUCCAAGUCAAAAAAAAAAAUGAAUUUUUCGCAUCACUAAAAACUUUGUUUAAUCCACUAUUUUUGAAAAAUAUAAUUUCAGGAAUACGUUGACUACUACGGCGGUUCUGGAGUCCAACACAUCGCCCUCAAUACUUCGGAUAUUAUAACCGCAAUCGAGGCUCUGAGAGCUCGUGGCUGUGAAUUCCUGACAAUUCCAUCAAACUAUUACGAUAACCUCCGACAAAGACUCUCACAAGCUUCUAUCAAAGUAAAAACUUGUUAAUAUCAAAAAUAUUCUCCAUUUUAUCAGGUUUCCGAAGACAUGGACAGGCUACAAAAGCUACACAUUUUGGUGGACUUCGAUGAAAACGGCUAUUUGCUUCAAAUUUUCGGGUUUGUUUCCUUUUUCAUCUUUCAACUCGCCGCCGCAUCCAGAGCCCUUGAAGAGAAGAAGAGCUUUGGUGGCGUUGCAGUGUGUUGACAAGCACGCAGCAGCGUGGCGCAGUGGAAGCGUGCUGGGCCCAUAACCCAGAGGUCGGUGGAUCGAAACCACUCGCUGCUAAUGUUUUUGUCUUUUUCUUUGGUUGCAGAAGUCUAGAACCUUUUUUGCAUGACUCUCGUUUUGUUCUUCACCGAUUGAUUGAUCUUUCAGUAAACCUUGUCAAGACCGACCAACAUUAUUCCUGGAAAUCAUCCAACGACACAAUCACCAAGGCUUUGGAGCUGGAAACUUUAAAGCUCUCUUUGAGUCGAUUGAGUUGGAACAGAAUGAACGGGGAAACUUGUUCUAUUCUGACGUCGAGAAAGGAGGAAAGAAAAUCUAA